CAUCAUCAUACGUUGUGUCUGCUGUUAACUGCCGGGCCUUCCUCGUUUCCUGACGUCCACAUACUAGUCGCCACCCCCUCUUUGACAGACCUAGCUGUCUACAUCCCCAGUCGGUAGCGUCUAAUGCUCGUUCAUCCUUCUUGUUAGCUGAUAGUUUCCUGCGACCUUUCAGAUGUCCUUGAGUGGCUUUCAUUACGGCUCGUUUCCGCAAGAGCUGACUGACGCCGUAAUCGACCAUUUAUGGGACGACCCAGCUGCACUCAAAGCAUGCUCUCUCACCUCUCAUGCAUUCUACACCCGUACACGUAUACACAUCUUCAGAAAGAUGUCAUUUGGCCACAACUUUCGCUGCGACAAGUUUGUCGCCAUGUGUCGUUCCUCCCCGCACAUCCCUCGGGUGAUUAAACACCUCACAUUGGAUAAUCGCUACGUGCCCCCUGACGAGAUCAUCACCUUCAUCAUCUCCUCGCUCACCAGUGUCGAGUGGCUGGUGAUGAAAGACGUCUCCUGGGUCUUCUGGGUCACCGAACUAGUCAACCGAGGCGCGACAUCAUUUCCCUCUCUACGCUCCCUGUCCGUCGAUUUCCACGACAGCAUCUGUUACGCCUCCGUCUCCGAAACGCUCACCUUCAUACAACUCCAUCCUCGCAUUCGGUGUCUCGAACUGCUCUCCGUGCCACGUCUGGCCUCUAUUGAUGCCGAAUAUGACUUGCCGGCACGAUCAUCCUAUCUCGAAAGCUUCUCCAUUUCCUCCUCGGCGUUUAGCUCCGGGCUGAGCGACCUCAUGUUAAACCCCAGACUAAGCGGUCUCUCCUUUAAUCGUCUCCGUAUAUUUGCCAUCAGCGUCCAAGAUAACUCGGACAUUCGUUUUGUCAGCACGAUUCUGAAAACGGCGUCCUGCACGCUGGAGGAGGUUCACCUGAUGCAUCAAUCCUUGCGCCCAGUACUUCUGGAUGAUCUCGACAUUUCGUACCUCCGGAAAGUUACCAUCACGUUCUCGCACCCUAUAUAUAACGAACGCCAUUCCUCGACGAUCAAGUCGUGGGGUAAAGUUUUUGAUGCCCGCGCCAAAGAAGUGGAAGAGAUCAUCGUUCGUACUGUUGUGUCGAGCCCUAGUCUCUUUGGCCAUAUGGACUAUGGCGUCUGGUCAACGUGGGAUGCUACCCUUUCGGCCACGAGAUCUCGGCUUCGGAGAUUAGUUUUUCAGGUGUUUUGCACGCCGAUACAGGCCAAGUCCUUGGAUAUGCUUCAGCAGGGGAUAGAGGAUCAGUUUCCAGUACUGAGAAGUCGGUCCUUGUUCCAGGUGGUGGUGAAGAGCAGACCUGAUGCUGAAACUUUCCUGAGUUUGCUGCAGCCAUAGUCUGACCAUUUGACCUGUAUCGCAGAGCCACGGAUUCCGUUAGACUAAUAAUGCUUUAGUUAAUUCUUUUACAUUGCUUUGUUUUGUACCAUUUUGUUUUAUCUACCUUGCUACAUCUCCCGUUAUGUUUUCGGCUACAGCUGAAACAGCAGCAAUACGGCUCGAGCUCGAGGAUUGGUUCAACAGUAAUCACGUUGUUAGAGGUCGUCUUUCCCCCCUUCAGUACGUCAAUUUACGCAAGGUAGUCGUUGUGCAUGCUGCUUAUUAGUUAGAAGC